GCAUUGAACCUGCAGAGCUCAUGACACAUGGUCAGAAACAGGAGACAGACCAAGAAACGUGCCUUGCACGCAGCGUUUUCGCUGCCAUUUGGGCUGCAACUGGUGCUGAUGAAGCGAAACUGUUUGAUGUGGAUUUGAGCAGUUUGACGAAGCCACCUCUAUGGGAGCCCACCUUUGAGGAGUACUUUCCAGGCUGGCAGAAGAACGAGAUGGGUCUUGGUUCACCAGUUGUGCUGGCAAAGCCUACACGGGAGGAAUUCCUCUUCCAUGCGCGACGGGGCUAUCCGAUCGUCGUAGCUGAUUGGGCGGAGGGCAUGAAAUACACAGGUUGGAGCUGCCAGGAUUUUGCUGAGGCAUUUCCCUUUGGCUACAUGAAGGCUGAGUACAUUGAUGCACUGCCAGGGUUUAACCGCAAGCAGCAUGACAUCAAAGUCAUCGAUGGAGAGCUGCGCUUUAAGCUGGGUUCCUUUAAGCCAGAUGGGAAGACCUGGUGGUACAACUUCUCCCGUCCUGCUUCCAAGCGCUACAAGGAUGAUCCUUUGAAGCCCAAGCAAGGACCCUAUGUGUGGCACGUGAAGGAUGAGCUAAGUGCCAAGGAGAAGAUCAAGGUGCAGGAGCGCUUCGAGGCGCCUGAAUUUCUCCAGGAUCCUCUCAACAAGGCCAAGAUGAAUCGGAGCUUUGAAGUUUGGUUCUCUCCUGGAGCUCACUCCGGUGCAGGUGCCCACAACGAUGGCUAUUGUGAAUCAGUUGUCUCGCUUCAACUCCGAGGGGACAAGCGCUGGCGGAAGAUGAUGCUCCCCAAAAUGUCGUUUCUGGACUCCUUUGAUGAGUUCGAUGGUGGUGUUUACGAGGCCAAGAAAUGGGAGCCGGACUUGGGCUUCUUGAACAGUGCCAAGGGUGCAGUGAUUUGGCCACCUGGAUAUCUUCAUGAGACCUCCACAUUGCCUCCACCAGAUGGAAAGUGUGGCUCUGCAUUGACUCUUCAGUAUGCGUUUCCACAGCCGGUGCAAUUUUUGCGGGCCUUCUUGCCACGUUUAUCGAUGUCUGCAGAAGUCGGACACUGUGUGGCAAUGACAUGGUCUGGCUACGCCACCAUGCAGGUGCGUGGCAUCAUGCCAACUCCCAAGGAAAAGAAAAUGCAGGAGCAGCUGAAGAAGAUUCUGAGUUUGGUGGAUGUGAACCAGGAUGAGGUGAUCACAAUAGAAGAGACCAAGACUUGGUUUGCCAAGACUGAAUCUCUUGCACUGCAACGCUUGGCCGAUCCGGAGUUCUUGCAACACAAGGACCUCUUGAUCUCCUACAUGGCCGAGGACACCGUGGCUUACCACGACAUGAACGACGACAUGAAGAUCUCCAAGCAGGAGCUUUGGGACUCCCUUGUUCAAUGGAACGUGGUGCGGGUUCGAAUGCAUGAGGGGCUGAAGCUUCUAAACCGCGCAGAUCGCCAGGGACUUGAGGCUCUGGAGCAGUCACUGGACUACCUCCGAAGAGAACCUCUGGAGUUGCCGAAAGAUGUGAGGCCAGAGAUGAAGGACAUCUUCCGCCUCGGCAAGGGCACCAAAGUUCUGAAGUCUUUGAAAGGUAUCACCUCUAUCUCGGACUCUGAAUUUUGGGGUCCUGCUCGCGAUGCCGUCGAGGACUUGAUGCGGAAGAAGAACCGUGCUUCACGCUCAAAGGAACUCUGA